AUGCCUAAAUCUUCUAAUUACACUGAGGAGCAGUUGCAAAGAGCUGUUGACGCGUACAAAAGCAAUUCAAAAUUAAAAAUCACAUCUCUGUCGCGAGAAUUCAAAGUCCCAUAUGCCACCUUGUAUGGGAGGAUCAACGGGAAGAAAUCAAGGACUAUGAGGGUUCCACUGAAUAGAGCAUUGAAUGACAGCCAGGAGGAGGCAAUUAAGAUAUGGAUUCAUCAGUUGGAUAUUAAUUUUUGCCCGCCCACCAUCGAGCAUAUCGAAGCCGCCGCGAACCGCAUGUUGAGACAGCAUCAUACAGAUCCAGAGACCGCACCUCCCACAGUAAGCAAGAUGUGGGCAUAUCGAUUCAUCAAACACCUGCCAGAUUACGAACGGGUCAAGCAAAAGCCCAUGAAUCCAAAACGGGUGUCUUGCGAGGAUAUAAGCUUCAUUAUCAACUGGUUUGAUCGAUAUGAAGCUGUCUUCAAUCAAUAUCACUUUUUCCCCUGCGAUAUCUACAACUUUGAUGAGAUUGGAUUUCAAGAAGGAGAAGGACGUGGACAGUGGGUUAUAACCGCCUUUAGAGACACAAAUUCCGUCAUACAGUCAUCAUACUCCCGCGGGUUAAUAACAGUGGUGGAGUGUGUCAGUGCAGAUGGCACAGUAUUGGAUCCAUUGAUUAUAAUGAAAUCGAAGGUCCAUCUAGAGGAUUGGUAUACACACUCCAACUUACCUGACAACUACACCAUCACCGCAUCCGAGUCUGGCUUUAUAAAUGAUGAGAUUGGAUUUGAAUGGAUCAAGCGGUUCAAUAAGAUGACAAAAAAGCGUCAAAUGGGCAGUCAUCGACUGCUAUUAAUGGACAAUCAUGGUUCUCAUCUCACAGAAGAAUUCAUCCAAUACUGCGACCUCCAUAAGAUUAUUCUAUUCGGAUUCCCAUCUCAUACAAGUCAUAUUCUACAACCUCUUGAUGGCGUACCUUUUCAGCAGUAUAAGCAUUAUCAUACAAAGGCAGUUAAUGAGGCCGCCCGCUACGGAUAUGAGCAGUAUGGUGGCAGACAAUUCCUUGCUAAUCUGGAGAGCGUCCGACUGCAAGCAUUCAAACCUGGCACUGUGAGAGCUGGCUUUGCCGACCGCGGAAUGUAUCCAGUUAAUCGCGAUAUAAUUCUCAAUCGAUUGAGACCUCUUACCAUUGAUGAUGCCCCGGAUCUCAACAUAUACGAUGGCGAUGGUGAUGUAUGCAAUCACUUUACCCCGCCGCCUGCAGAUCGACCGUCAACUGCCUCUUUGCAAUUAACCUCCCCAGAGACAGUUGCAAAACUACAUCGCCAAAUCGAUGCAGCAGCCAAGGCCUUACAAGAUGUGAAGGAUACCCUUACACCUGGUUUGACAAGGCGGUUGGACAAGAUCUUCAAGGGUAGCAUGGUCCAGGCGGAAUUGAACGCGCACCGUGAGGGUGAACUUGCAGGUCAUUAUCGAGCAAAUAGACGUCGGGUCGUCAAAUCCUCCCGCAGGCAGGUGCAAGUAGGCGGAGUCCUCACUAUUAAGGAUGCCAAUCGCAAGAUCGCGACCCGUAGAGCAGAUGAGAUGAAAAAGACGUUCAAUAAGAAUCUUCGGUCGAUUGGAAUCAAACCUACAAAAUCUACAGCCACUCAACCACAACAAGAUAAUUCUAUAGAAUCUCAACCUACAGUGGAUUCUACACCUUCUAAUGAAUCACUAUAUUCAAAAUAUUUUCCGUACGCUGUGGUUUUCCGUACGCACGCUGGUACGCACACUGUGGCGCACUCACUAGAGAGAGUGUUUGACCGCGGUACACCACCACGGCUCAUGUAUUAUUUUAUCAUAUUUAUUUGA